AUGCCUAGGUCGAGUAAAGGAGGAAGGCGAAGUCGAACAAGAUCAGGAUGUUUAACAUGUCGUGAUCGACAUAUGAAAUGUGACGAGCAACAACCAGUAUGUAAAAAUUGUAUUAAAUCCAAAAGAAAAUGCUAUAGAGGUGUACGAUUAAACUUCACCCAGUAUACCAUUUACAAACCAGAGAACAAACCACCAUUGCCUGCUUUUCCUAGACACUAUCAAUUUCGAUUUUUGGAUCAGUCCAUAACUAUAGCUUCAUUGUAUGAAAAAGGUAGAAGUUACUAUGAACCGUAUAUGAACUUACACACAUCGGAACUGUUGAGAGAGUCAGAAUUCAUGUUCCAAGAAGAGAUGUAUCUAUUACAUUCUAUCCCAGCAGCGCAUGAACAAGUCAGAGGAGGAUCGAGCGUAGGACCUGAAUCGCUAAAUCUAUCGUCGAGCCAUCUGCACCAAAUUAUUGAGACCCAUGAUUCUAAUAAUCAAAUUAUAAGCCAAGAUCGAUUCCAGUAUAGCCAAUUCACAAGACCUCCUCAGGGUAGAGUUACUGAUUGGAACAGCCACUUGGAUGUUCAGCGACAAGCAGAACUAGUACAUUCACCAAUGUCCGUGCCAACACUUGUACCUCGAUUGCCCGAUGUGGCUCCAAUACCCGAGGAAGCUGAAGCUCUGGACCAAGACGUGGAAGUUGCUGAUCUUCUUGAAUAUUAUGAAUCACCAUCGUUUGAGAUUACGCCAAAUUUUCCCAACUUUAUGGACUCAAUAUCUGGCGUUGAUACAAAACUUCAGGCAUUUAUAGAAUUGAUUCAGGAUCAGAAAUACUAUUGGAUCUUAGAUUUGUUCAAUGAAAUCAGUCUUUGGCAGCAAAUUAUUCCAUAUUACUGUUUAAAGACAGUAGAAGACAACAGUAAAAAAAUCAGUUCCGAUUUAGCUUCCUUUCAGUCGUUCUUGAUGGAUUGUUUACUCUGUUGCUCGAUAAAUGGUCCAAUGUCUGAUGAAAAUUUACUUCAGCGACAAUUGAAACUUUGGAAAUCUUCAGAACUGGAACAAUUCCCUAAUGACAACUCUAUCAAAGUAGCUAUUAGCAUUGUCUUGAUAUUAUUAGGGAUUUAUUUGAAAUUUCAAAAUAAUAAGAACAUGGAUGCCAAUGAACGCAACGAUAACGGUGGAGGAGAUCAAUUCUCUUUGGAUCGGUCACGAGAUAUUAUUUUCCAACAAAUACAGCUAUUCAACGAGUUGAUGAGCAAAGUCAAUCUUAAACAAUACCUGGCAACUGCAAUACCGUUGAUUCGCCCGCCUUUGCUUUUGAUUUCAUCAUUCCAUUCGAUUUUGAUUUUGAAAUUUUUGCUAGCAAAGGAAAAUGUGACUUCUACUGGAUUGAAUCAGUUUGAGAUUGAAUUCCUUCAAGCUCCACAGAAUUUUGAAAUUCGUCAGUUUAAAAAGAAUAACCACUUGAAUGAAAGGAAUAUGGAUGAUAGUGUAGGAGCAAGUUCCACGAACACAUCAAGAAGUAGCUUCAGUGAAAUGAAUUCUAAUCAUUUGACUGACAGGGCUAGUAGUAUCAGCAAUUUAUCAAGCAGCAGAAGCUUAUCCAAUAUGAUACCUGGAUCCAAACCUGUGGGAACAAUACCUUCUACGAGUAACUUCGCAACAUCCUUUAAAUCUGAAGCUUACAAAUUACGUCAAGUGAUGUGGAGAUUGAUUAAGCUAGACUAUAGUUUCAGAUUCAAGGAUUUCACCACUUUCGAACUAAAUGAUUUCACUGAAAGCCAAGAGAACCUAGGAAAUAUGAAAGGAGAUAUGAGUACUGGGAAGGAUGAUGCAAUACUAUUCACCAACGAUAGAGGCAUAGCUAUAAGCUUGCUCCAAGAGUACCUGGUAUUGUUGGCCAGCUCCAAGAAUGGACAGAUUAACGAAAUGGCCAGUAAUAGAUUAAGCACCAUCUUUUCCACAAUACAUAAUUCUUUUGCCACAAGCGACUUGAAGUUUAAGUGGAAGUCUCACUUCAAUUGGGCCUUAGACCGAGCCAAUUGA